UUAGGGAGACCUCUGCUGUUUGAUUAUGUUUAGAUAAAGAUAAAUAAAACGGAGCUGUAAGUUUUAUUUAUCUAUGACAUGCCAUCAUCAUAACUGCUGAUUGAGAGCUUGUUCAUUGAAUAUAAGAUAAGAUAUGGGUAGUCAUCACACAAGAUUUACUUAAGACGUUUGUUUACCUGCUGCCUGGAUACUUGGGCAGUCAAACGUUGAAGUCAGGCAGGUGGCUUGCAAAAUAAGGAGCAAAGAACAGUGAAUGAUUCUUAACCUGCCUGCCGACACAUUACUAUUAGACGAGUGAGAUUGUGUUGGCCUACGGCUUAGAGGCACGUGUAUGGACAGAAUCAACACAGCCUCUCUUCCGAGGCACAGGGACAUCUUCCCUUUCUCUCCACACCUGCUCUUUAGAACAUGCACUUCUUCCACCCAUACAGCUUCCCAGCACCAUACUCCUACAGCACCAUGAUUCCAUCCUCCCUACCUCCACAUGCGCUGUCGUCUUACAACGGCAGCCGCCGUCUGCCACCCAUCCACCCACAGUAUCCGCUGCUCUUCAAUCCACCUCCGCAGCCCUUCUGCCUGGGUGGCAGAGACCGCAGGAGGGGUCCCCAAGACCCUGGUCAACAGUACCACCACUACUACAGCCCCUGGCCCUGGCACAUGUGGUCUAACAACCUUUUGAAUUACCAGCAUUUGUAUUCACACCCUCAGGCACCUCCGGCCCCAGUGGCCCCCACCCCUCCUAAGCCCUCCAGGUUCCAGACUCAGACCUGGCCAGAGGGCUUCACCCUGAGAGGAGAUCUCCGCUGGGGCAGGCUGGAGAGGGUGUACGGCCCUCGGAGGGAGCUUCCAGAGUUUGUAAGGGAGGAUCUGCGGAGAGUUUAUGGGACCUACCCUCGGACGGACCUGAGCAUCACCUACCAGGGUGGGGAGUACGUGGUGAGAGGGGACCCCCAUGUCGGGGAGCAGGAGUACCGGGUGGAGAGGAGGGUGGUCCAGCUGGCAGAAAGCCCAGAGGGGGACAGCGUGAGCGAAGUGGUGGAGGAGAGGAAGAAAAAAAGGGGAUGGAAGGGAAGGAGAUCAUAAAGGAGAAGGAGAAAUUCCAGCCUGGAUGAUGAGGUGGGCCAGCACCAUGCUCCGACAUGAGUUUGAAAAUGUUUUUGUUAAGGGUUUCAGUCUAAGAAACAAGACGGCAGUGCCCUCCUUUGAUUGAUAGCUUCAAAUAUUUGUUAUAAAGAUGAUUGAAGUGAACAUGUUUUUUUGUGCUGUAUGUGAUGUUUGUGGUCAUGCUUUUGUAUUGUGGCAAAUUUACCAUAAAAAAACACGUUCCAUAUUUAUGCUUCAAUAGCAAACAAAUGCAAUGCAUGAAUCAAUCUUUACACGCCAGAUUAUAUAGUUUGAAUGUUUUUUAUUUAAUAAUUUCAGUAUCAGUGUAAAACUAAACCCCUCAUACCUCAAGGUAGGCUGUUGUAACAGCGAAUGUGGUCUGGAAGUCAUAGUCAUCAAUAACCUUUUUGAAGUUUAAAGUCACAUGGUUGUGUGUCUUCUAGUGUUGUGUUAUCUUGCUCUUUUGUGGUUUGAUGAUGUCAUCUGAAUUAUGUGUAAAAACAAUGAAUCAUCAAAUCCCCCCUCCCCCCAUACCAUAAGCUAUCAUCCAUUUUAUGGACAAAACAUUGUCGUAUACAACCCCCUCAUGUUUGUGAAUCAUCCUACUGUUGUCUCCAUGACAGCAGGUUUCAUGGAAUGAUAGAUUGAGCCAUGAUCCAGCUGAUAAGACAUGCUGUCUGGGUGUGUGGGCUUGGUAUGUCAGAGGUGUAAUCUGCAACCUCAUAUUUACUGUAAACCAUCUGUGCACAACCACGCACUGUUUUCCUGGAAGUCACCCCACAUUCCAUCAUUUCUCAAUAGUCUAAUUCAACAUUUGCAAGUAAAUAAAUGAGACAUGAAUG